AUGAACAAAGUUUUGAAAUAUCAUAAACACAACAUCUCCGAUAUAAAUGAACUUCAAGCUACAUUAGACAGUAAAGCCGACAAGAACCAUACACAUGAAUCCUUCACUACUGUUAGAGCAGACGACAUAAUAUUGAACUAUACCCUUGGUUCAAGUGCACCUUUAGAGAAUCCAAGUACAAGCGUAAAAGAUACACUAAACAAUUUAGAUAACAGAUGUAUGAACAUUGAAGGUCAUGCCAGAAACUUUGAAGCAUAUGAACUACCAGCAAUGUUAGAUAAAAAAGCAGACAAAACAGAGCUUCAAACAUUAAAGACUGAAAUACUUCAAACAUUAUAUCCUGUUGGUUCUAUUUAUACGUCAAUGAACUCAACAAAUCCAGAAACAGUUUUAGGUUUUGGUACGUGGAAGCAGAUUGUAGACAAAUUCUUAUACUGUGCUAACUCUUCAAAGCAAACAGGAGGUUCGAAGAAAAUUAAAGAAGCAAACCUUCCACCACACACUCAUACAGGAACGACAAACUUUUCUGGCGACCAUAGCCACUCAUUAAAAGACCAUCCAUUAUACAACUCAGAGUAUGAAGCUGGCCAUGACGUUUUAUCUCCAUCUUAUAACAAUGCAGCAAAAAAGAUUUUUUGA